AUGACGCGCGUGGAGAGCAACGUCGACGACGGCUGCAUCGUGUGCAGCAAUCCCAUCGACCAUGCCAGUCUGACGCCGUGUAAUCACCGCUACUGCACGAUCUGCUCGCUGCGCAUGCGCGCCCUCUACAAAACCAAGGCUUGUGCCAUCUGCCGUACCGAAGCCCCCCUGGUCAUCUUCACCGACGAGAAGGAGAGGAAGUUUGUCGAAUUCAAUGUGGGCGAGUUCUACCGCACCGAUGAGAAUAUGGGGAUUGCGUACGAACAGCAGGCCAUUUUCGAAGACACGGUGGUGCUGCUACGCUACAACUGUCCCGAUCCGAGUUGUGAUGUCGCGUGUUUGGGGUGGCCGGAUUUGCAUCGACAUGUGCGAAGUGCGCACCAGAAGCAGAUGUGCGAUCUGUGCGCGCGGAACAAAAAGGUCUUUACACAUGAGCAUGAGCUGUUCACGCAGCAGGAGCUUCGCAAGCAUGAGAAGUAUGGCGACGACAACCCGGGUGCAGUAGACCAGAGUGGCUUCCAGGGCCACCCGGAGUGUGGAUUCUGCCGGAAGCGCUUCUACGGCGAAGACGAGCUGUACGUCCAUUGUCGGGAUAGUCACGAACGCUGCCACUUGUGCGAUCGCCGGACUGGCGGGCGGAAUCCCCAGUACUAUCUCGACUACAAUGCGCUCGAGCAACAUUUCGGGAAGGACCACUUUCCAUGCCUCGACAAUGAGUGUUUGGAGAAGAAGUUUGUCGUCUUUGACUCGGAGAUGGAUCUGAAGGCGCAUCAGCUGGAAAACCAUCCGAACGGACUUUCGAAGGACGCCAGACGAGAUGCGCGAAGAGUCGAUCUGUCGAGCUUUGAUUACCGUCCACAGUAUCAAGAAAUCAGGAGAGGUGGCAGGCGGGGUGGUCGAGGUCGGGACCCCAACUCUGAUGCCAUCCCGGCCACUUCAGGCGCGCACAUGAGUCGAGCGGAGCUUGUCCACCAGCGCCAACGAGAAAUCCAGAGUGCUCAGUCCACCACGCCUCGAACCUUCGGCGGCCAGCUUACAGCUUCCGAACCACAUGUGCAGAGUGCGCAGCGACCGGCGAAUGCCGCGCAGAGCCCACAGAUCCGCAAUGCGCAGCCAGCCUUCCCAGCUCUGAACGAGCAACCCAAUACCAACGGAUCCUCAACCCCCCGACCUGCCCCAGCGCUGACUCCAGCCGAGCAGGCUCGCCAACUGCGACAUAAUGCCGUGACUGAGCGGGCAGCACAUCUGCUCAGCAAUGACGAAGCCAGGCUAGCCGAGUUCCGCAGCCGCAUCUCCUCCUACCGCAACGGCACCAUCAGCGCCUCAGAUCUCAUCGACGCCUUCUUCUCCCUCUUCGACACCUCCUCCGCCGAACUCGGCAAGCUCAUCAAAGAACUAGCCGACAUCUUCGAAAUCACCACCAAACGCGACGCGCUCCUCAAAGCGUGGAACGAUUGGAAAGCCAUCAACGAAGACUACCCUUCCCUCCCCGGCCCAUCAGGCCCCACAUCCGCUGCCGGUGCCCUGGGCUCAGGCAUGUCAGGCUCGAGAGUCCUCCGGCUAAAAAGCGCCACUGCACCGAGCGCAAGAUCGACCAUGGGCCAGCAGCGAUCGUGGGGCGCAACAGCGGCCUCGGCAAACAACCCCUUUCCCGUCCUGCCAGCCUCCAACAACAAAGGCACCGCGACGCCAGCUCCUACACCCUCCUGGCUCGCCCUCCGCCCCGCAUCCUCGUCCCGCCCCAUUUCGGCAAAAGUCUCUCCCGCCCCGAGCAGAUCGCAGUCUUCUGCCAAUUUGGGCCGCACUGACGCCUUCCCUGCCCUACCUGCUGCGGCGAAACCUACGAGCACGGUGUUUACCCCUGGAUAUACGGGGGCUGGCGUGAUUAGGCAGAGUGUUGGGAGUGGGGUGAAUGCUUGGGCUGGGAGUGCUGGGGGUGGCGGCGGCGCUAAUGGUGGUGCGAGUUCGGUGCCUGCUGCGGCGGGGGAUGCGGAUGUGGGCAAGGGGAAGGGGAGGAAGGGGAAGAAUGUGGUUUUCAAGUGGGGGUGA